AUGGAAGUGAAUGACAGGGUCAUCGCGAAACGCGAACCUAGCAUCACUGAAUACACAUUUGAGCAAUAUCAAGCUGCCAAUCUCAACGAUGACGAGAAGCACGCCGUCAUCGGCAAACUCCGCGAUGAGCUGCCCAUCAUUGAUCGCGAUGAGGCUGACGAUGUACUUCUUCGGUCUAUGGGACAGCAGCUUGAAUUAGCGGUCUUCCCGACAUGCAUGAUGAUGCAGGUUGAGCCUGUAGCUGUGAAGCGCAUGCUGGAUGACCAGUUCCGCAAGGCGUACGGAGCGGAGGUUGAGGCGGAGAUGUUGGGUAAGUUGGGACUGUGCCGUGUUGAAGAUGUCGAGAUGGCGGUGGCUGCGGAAAGGAUGCGUAUCCGCACUAAGAAGAAGGGUAAGAGGCAGAAAUUGGGGGAGAGUCAGGAGAUGUUGGCGGAUGUUAAGGAAGACUCCGCCGUUCAUGCACUAUCUCCGCCGAACAAAGAGGUGAAAACGGCGCCAAAAAGCAUUGAGGAUGAGAUCAAGGCCCAUAUUACACGAAGGAAGAGAGCGAAGCGUCGGGUCAGGAUGGUGACCCUGCGCGCGGGAGCUGUGACGCAGAAAUGGGAAGAGUUGAGUCGUAGUUCGUCAACUAGUGUGCAUGAUCAGCAGCACAUGCCGCUACUGCCAUAG